AUGCAGACUGAAGAGGAUGUGGUGUCCAUGGCUGACUCCACCAUCACUGUGGAGGACAUCGAGGGAGAGCUGUUCAAAAUCGAGAGGAUAAAGGACGCGUUGGUCCGGAAAGAGUCUGAGCUCAGAUAUAUGAUGGACGACAUCCAGCUGUGUAAGGAGAUCACAAGACUCAAAAAAGAGCUCCAGAAAUUCGUUUCCAUCCCGGACAAAGACAAGUCGAAUGAGGACAGACAGCGUGAGGAAGAACUUCUUCAGCAGAUCCAGAAGCUGGUGGAGACACGGGACUUUCUAGUGGACGACAUGGAGUUUGAGAGGCUCAGAGAGCGAGAGGAGGACAAAGAGAUGGCUGACUUCCUACAGACCAAGAUUCCCGACAGAAGCAGCAUGAAAACUCACAACAAGAACAGAAGAAUGACGUCCAGAGCCCAGCAGACCUCGUCUCCUUACGUGACCAAGACCGGUGUCACCCUGCUGAAAGAGUGCUGCGGCUUCACCUGCUCCAUCAUGUAGAUGCCUGAAUGGAAAACAGCCCUCAGAUCCGUGACUCAGCACAAUCUUUCCAAGCACUCUUUCACGUUACAUUUCAGAACAGCCGGCAGUGCACGAGCGUCAAACUGAUGUUCAUAUUAUGCAGAAUUAUUGCAUUAACCUAAUCAAGGAGCCUUCCAGAAUUAGCAGUGUGAUAAGAUGGUAUGCACAGUGUAGCUUUAAUUCACUGUUACCUGUAAUAUUGUUUUAUACUAUGGAAGUCAAUGUGAACCAACAAGUUUUUCUAAUGAUGGUGUAUAAUGAAACCACAGAGAUUGCCAGAAGGUGUGCUUACUAAUUAGGUGAAUGUGCACCUUUGCUUCUGACUUCUGCCUUCUUCAUCUUCACUUUUAACUACGAUGUUGAUGAAAGUCGUAUAGCUUUGUGGUGCCCAGUUUAUCUUGACAGUUUAUAAAUGCAGUUUUAUUUCUAUUUGACCCAAUUUGAGUUGUUUUUCAAUCUGAAUAAGGAAAUGCCUCUGUCUUUCUCCACUGCCGUGUGCUUUAGUAUUGAUAACAAAUCAUUUGUAUUUAUCUACAAAUUGUGCACACUACUGUUCAAGAGUUUGGGGUCAAAAAAACAUCAACUUUAUUUAGCAAGAUGCAACAAAUUUAUCAAAAUAUUUACAAUGUGAUAUUUCAAAGACAAUUCACAGUUUCUAUAAAAGUACAAACAGUUUUCGACUGUUUCUUGAGCAGCAAAUCAGCACAUCAGACUGAUUUCUGAAGGAUCAUGUGACACUGAAGACUGGAAAAUACAGCUUUAAUGAAUUACAAUUUAAAUAUAUAUAUUCAAAUAGAAAAUGGCUACUUUAAACUAUAAUAUUUCACGACUGUUUACGUUGUUGUACUGUAUUGAAAGAGCUUUGGUGAGCAUUCGUUCAAAAACAUGAAUUAAUCAACCGACCCCGAACAUCUGAAUGGUAGUGCAUUUGUGAUGCAUUGUUUUGACUAAAAUGUUUGUGCAAAUAAUUAAAAAGUAUUUUAUCUUAAAAAAAAAAAAAAGAAUCCAAAUUGUGAAACUGGUGAGAAAUGUGCAGCAACAAAAUCUUGAAAUCUAAAGCUGACAGAUAAUACUUGACAUGUAUUAUGCUGCUCAGCCGUGCAGGGUUUUAUUUGUGCUGAUGCUUCUAAUGUUGUUUUCAUGUAUCUAAAUGAUAUU